CAGGGUUUGAUGGAGAGUUCUAACCAGUUUAAUGUCAGCAGGAACAGUAGUAAUAAGUGGAGGACUUCUCGCCACAGUCAUCCUGCUCUGUAUUGUAGCAGUGCUGUGCUACUGCAGGCUCCAGUACUACUGCUGUAAGAAAAAUGAGUCGGAGGUGGACUUGGCUUCCGUGGUUGGAGGAGGUGACAGAACGGGAGGAGGAGAUGGAGAAGGGGAUGCUCAAGGGGUGGUUCAGGCUCACUUUGCCUGCAAAUCGUGCAGCGCCCCUGGGAUGGACAGCCUGGCUGUCACCCCUCUCUGCCUGGAGCCCCUGGAGGUGGGCCCUCCCCCCAGCUACUGCCCCACCUGCUCCCCCUUCUGGCUACGCCCGGGACUUAGUGACGAGCUGCACAAUGGAACCGAGCGGCUGGGAUUCCAUACGUAUCACUAUGACAACCCCGGAGAGUGUCAAUCACUGCCCCUGUCAGACACGCCGCAGGCCCCGUUCUUUUUGACCCAGCCCUGCCAAUCCCCUUUGAGCUACUAUAGCCCCGUUGACACCUACCCUAACACACCCUGCAGUAACAGACGCCCCUACAGCACACCGGUUUGACACACAUGGACACACACAUCACACACACACUGACGUCACACACGCACUCAUACAAACACUCCUUCUCCCAGGGGAAAGAGACCCAGAGACAUCCAGAGUACCACCCAUCCAAGGGAGAGAGCCACACAUUGAACCUACAGACGGAGCCUCCUGAUCGGGACAGAACCACAGACAGACCCUUGUCUGGUGCGGCGGUGUGGAGGUCUGGUCAUCUGGUAAACCUAUACAGUGGAGGAGAUGUUGGGUUUGACUAUGGGAGAUUACUACAGAUGAUGGGAGAAGAUAGACUGAAACAGCAACACACUGGUGUCUCUCUCUCUCCUCUGCCUGAAACCUGAUCAUGUGAACUAGGUGACUGACGAGGGCUAUAUGUGUUUUCAUUGUAGGUUUGCUUUACGUCUGGAGUGUCUAAUUACAUUACAUUCAACGACUAAAGCUCAAAGAAGUAUUUUUGUCUUCCAGAGUUUAAAGGAGCAGUAUGUCCGUUGUUGACCCCUCUGACCCUUAGGAAAAAAAACACAUGUCAAAUUUGCAGUUUUACAUGUGAUUAAAAAAAAGAAUAUUAUUGUAAGGGGAUAUCCGGAUGCAUUAUAUAUAAUCCUGGCUAAGACAAUACAAACACACACAAACAUUUUAGCCAACGAGGGCAUCUGUUUGUCUAAUUCUAUGAUGUUUGACUUAGCCCUUACCCUUCAGUCCUUCAAAACAGAGAUGCUGUACACUUACUAGAAGCUGUUCAUUAUGACACUGUUGAUAAUAUAGACUAGUAUUGAUAAAAGAGAUGUUGUACUCUUUUCACACAAUGCACUUUCCGCUUUUCUCAGAGGGUGCGCCCCAAAUGGCACUGUAUUCCCUAACCAGUGCACUACUUUUGACCAGGGUCCAUAUGGGUCUGGUCAAAAGUAGUGCCCUAUCUAGGGAAUAGGGUGCCAUAUGGGACAAAGCCAUGGUCUUCACAUCUUGGUCUUCCUCACUUCUCGUCCUUUUGUGAUUCUUUGUUAGAGAGUUGAUGGGAAAAUGGACAUCGAUCUGUUCACGUGUUGAUUUACUGGAAAAAAACACUCAAAGUUGGUGUUCACUGCUAUGUAGUCACACUCACACAAAGACACUGCUGCCUGUAGUCUGGCAAUGAAGAUAACUUUAAUAUUGAAUUCACUAAUUCUAUACUAUAUAUUUUUUUUCUAUUAAAGGUGGACUAUUUCUAUUAAAAAUGACAUCAUCAUACACAGCAGGGCAACUUCCUGAUUACAGACAAUUUGCACUGUUCGUUGAGACAUGCCCAUAUUGGGAAAAGCCAGUGACAGAUUGGAAUUUUGUUGUUGAUGAUGUCUCUAAACAGGAAGUUGACCCGCGGUGUACGAUGAUGUCAUGUAGCUGAGUCUCCUUUUCAAAUGAACUCUGAAGAUAAAUUCCACGUUUAACGCACAGUGUUCCUUUUUGAAGAUAAAUCAAUGUGUAUAUCUG